CCCUGCUCACCCUCCCCCCUUCCUCUCCUCCCUGUGUGCCAAAACAUCCACAAGACUUCCAGCCUCCGCAGUUGGCACCCCAGUGUCACUCACAGCCCCCUCCACCUCCAUUCUCCCAUUCAGCUCAUCCCACCCCGCCUCACCGCACUCCACCCCACCCCACCCACCACCGACCAAUCCAGCGAUCUACCCCUCGCCAUGGCCGUCGGCGCACGCGAGCCGCGCGGCACGAGGCUCAUGCGCCUCUGCGUCACGCUCCUUCUCAUCGCCGCGGCGGGCGCCGCCAGCGCCGGCGCUCAGCCGUCGCCUUCCCCCACGAAGUCCCAAGGCCUCCUCAACCGUCUCAACGCGUGGCGCCUGAAACACUCGCGCAAGUCGCCUCCCACUGGCGCCGCCGCUGGUGCUACAGCCGGCGCCGCCGCUACAGCCGGAGCGAAGGCGCUGGUGACGCCUGCCGCGACCUGCCAAGCGUCGACGCUCGCGGGAUACACGAGCUCCGUGGACCUAUCGGGCAACGGGCUGGUCCUCCACUGGAAGAAGUCAACGGGGUCAACGAUCGACCUCGCGCUCGAGGCCAAGUCAACGAGCGGCGCGGCGAGCGGGUGGUUCUCCGUGGCGUGGACCAACGGGGGCAUGUUUAACUCGGACGCCGCCAUCGGGAACAUCGCGACGGCGAGCGGCGUCGGCACGUACGCGAUAUCGAGCUACUCGAGCGUGGUUACCACGUCGCGGUUCGCUAUAACCGCCGCGAGUGUUACAACGUCGGGCGGGAGCACGAUCGCGAAGUUCACGCGCGCUACGGGGAACGGGCUCGUGUCGGUAAACGUGGCGGGGAGCAACAAGCUCGUGUGGGCGUACUCGUCUGGCGGCUCCAAGACAGUGGCCAACCACGGCGGCAGCCACAGAGGCUCCAAGACCGUUGAUUUCGCCUGCGACGGCACAUCCUCAGGCUCGGGAACAGGCACGGGAACAGGCUCGGGCACCGGAGCAGGGACGUGCACGGGCAACACGGGCGUGAGCGGCACUGCAUGCCCCGCGUCCACUCUCUGCGGCUACUCCUACCAGGCACAAAUCAAAUCCGGCGUGCUGCUGCACUGGAAGAAGGUGUCGGCCACGCAGCUGGACAUGGCAGUCGAGCUCAAGACCAGCAGCGGCGCCAGCAACGGGUGGUUCGCGCUCGGCUGGGCCAACGGGGGCUCCAUGGCUCCCUCCGACGCAGUCAUAGGCAACAGGGCGGGCGGCCUUGUCAGCCCGUACCGCAUCACAGGCUACACUAUGAGCUCGUUACAGGGCGCCUCGUUUAGCAUUGGCAGCAGCGCGGGGACUGUGACGUCCGCCACCGGCUCCACAGUGAUCCAGUUCUCGCGCACAACUGGCACGGGGUCCAUUCCCAUCAAGAUGAGUGGCGUCAGCCGUCUCAUCUGGGCUCACUCCAACUCCAACUCCAAGACCCUUGCUUUCCACGGCGGUGCUGAUGGUAGCAUGUCAGUGGACUUUUCCUGCGCCACUGCCCCGUCGUCCGGCGGCGGCGGGGGCGAUGAUAAUGGCGAGGGGGGUGAUGACUGGGGGGAGGGUGGUGGUUCAGGUAGCGGUGGGGCUUUCCUCUCGCAGCUCAUCGCUUGGCUUGGCUCGCUCUUCGGCUUCCGCAAGUAGAGGGCAUACGCUGCACAGCACAGUGCAGCACACACCACACAAUGCUCACUGGGAGUUGUGCAUGGUGGAUAUGAGUUGGUGGUGGUGGCGAUUAUCAGGAGGGUUGAGAAGGGGAGGUGUGAGUCUAGUAGUGUAGACGUAAGUAGCAGGCUGGACCACAGGCAUCUUUUGGAGUUGUGUGUGCGAGAGGCUCCACUGCACAGCACAGCCUAAAAGAUGGUUGUGAUGCCUUGCCCUGUAUGCCAUAGAUGAGUUGCACUGUUUGCUGGUUUCCAACCGUGAUGUAUAAGUUUUAUUUGUAAAAGGGCCGUUAAAAUGUAGAA